AUACUGAUUUGACUGUUCUAUCCGCUUCUUUAAAUCAUAUUUCUAUCCUCCACUAAUCCCGCUUUCCAUUUUUUCUUCCAUCUUUUCGUUCUUCCAUCUCUAUUCUGAUUCUGUUCUUCCAAAUCUUACCACUCCUCCAGUCUCAAAUCUGCGACUCAAUUCACUCUACCCUCGGUCCGUCCGACCGUACAUCCGUCCUGCGUUGCUCCACGCGGGUUAAAAGUAUGCUGGUAUAUUGUGUCGUGCUGCUGCCGUCAUGUCCAUCGACAUGUCCGCUCCAUCCAUGAGGAAGAAGUCGUUUGCUCGGAGUUCCAAGCCAAACGUAAGGAUGUGUUUUCGGGAACAAAGGGAUUUCAUAACCAUGUCGUCUCCAGAGGUGUGCUGGCCAGUGCCGAUGCGAGCCAUCGGGGCUCAGAACCUCCUCACCAUGCCGGGAGGAGUUUCCACCGCGGGAUACCUCCACAAGAAGGGAGGCAGCCAGUUCAGCCUCAUGAAAUGGCCACUGAGGUACAUCAUCAUCCAUAAGGGCUGUGUGUACUACUUUAAGAGCAGUACCUCUCCGGCACCACAGGGGGCGUUCUCUCUCAAUGGCUACAACAGAGUGAUGAGGGCAGCGGAGGAGACGACGUCUAGUAAUGUUUUUCCUUUCAAGAUCGUCCACUUCAGUAAGAAACACAGGACGUGGUUUUUCUCUGCAGCCAGUGAGGACGAGAGGAGGAAAUGGAUGCGAUACCUGCGGAGGGAAAUAGACCACUAUAACGACCGGAAUGAGUCCCACAUUCCCAGUGACUCGGAUUCAGAUGCCGACAGUUUCUAUGGCACAAUUGAGAAGCCCAUGGAUAUUAAACACACUGAAAGUAACGCAGAGGACGAUUAUGUUGAGGAGGAUGAUGAUGACGAUGAGGAAGACUAUCUGAAGCCAGACAAUGACUGUUCGCAGACGUCUACAGGACGACCCACAGGACCACCCCCCUCCUACCCUCCUCCCCCAGUGCCGGCAGCGUUCCAGCUCCGUCAAGACUCUAGUGCAGGUUUCCACAAAGGCCCGCCUCCUCCCAUCCCAUUGCAACUCAGAAUCCCCACUUCCCCGCUCCCCAAAAAACCCCUGCCCUCUGCCCCCCCUCCCUCCAUACUAAAGGACCCCAACAAAGGCCCACCUCCUCCUCUCCCCUUCGCUCCCCACCUGCAAAAGCCCUCGUAUCCCGCCCCUCCACCUCCUCCGCCCAACGUAAAGAGAAAUCCUCCAAACAGGACAGCAUUCAUUGGAGAGUCUGGGAACGACAAGAGAGACUGGAAGCCUCUGCUGGCCAGUUCAGUCCAAUCCCCUGCCACUCUGCCCAUCUGUGACCGAUUAGAGAUGGUCCUAAAUGGUCCCGCCCACAGCUCACUUAAUACUGGAGGGAGCCAGUCACUGGGCAACAACCACCACGGGAUGGUGAGCAACCUCCGCAGCAAGCUGACUCUGCCGAUUCCUCAUUCUGCAAAUGUUGGAGGGUCCACCAUCCACCCUCCACUCUCUCCUCUACUCAAAACGGGACAUAAGUCAGGAGUCCCCAAACCUCCACCGCCAACUGUCAAACCCCAGCUGCCUCCAAUCAAGUCCAAGCAGCCAGGAACAAAACUUCAAAGAACAUCUCCAGAAGGCCAAAGCUUCCGCUCAUUAGGAGACGAGACGCCCUCGGAGUUCAGGGGGAGACGAGACAAACGUGGCGGAGGAGACGAUUCUGAUGAUGACUACGAGAAUGUGCAGCUGCCAGACUCGGUUUUCAUCGACACGACUGAAACCAGCUUUGUAGAAAAGUUAUUCAGAGAGAGCCCCGUCCCCCCACAGGACGGACUGUACGGCAUCAGAAACUCUGGAACCAAAACCUCCCAGGUGCUUGUGGUGUGGGAUGUCAGUAUAGGCAAAGCCAGAAACUACAGACUGUUUGAAGAGGAGGCCUCGCUCUUUCUGGAAAAUGACGUGACCUUCCCAACUCUGUCAGCUCUGAUUGAACACUACCACAGCCAUCCUCUUCCUCACCAUGGCUCGCUCUGCCUGCAGAAGCCCUUCACAAACAUCUAAGGCAACCGAGUAAACACAGUCAAAGAAAUACAACUGAAACCAAAGAAGAAGAACAAGGAGACAGGGCGUCUUUGCAACUGAAAUCCAUCUUUGUCAACAGCACGUGGAGAUAAACUCAUACAGAUGAAAUAACUGUCACAGUAUAUUAAAACUGAUCAUACCUCUGACUAUUCAGUGGAUAAAACAACAGAUCAUUUUUUCACCUGUUGCUGCACCUGAAUGCACCACAAAGCUUCAUGUGAAACAGCAAGGACAGUAACUUUUCUAAAAUUCUGACACCAGGUAUUUUGUUUGCGUAUGAAACAUUAUUUAACAUACUUUAAGUAAAAAUAGAUUUAUAUGGAUUUAAUAGAAUAUGUGGUAAUGGACCAAAAGAUAUUGAUUAAUCAGACAUCUGCUCUGUUUUUGAAACAUUCCUGCUGCUUUAUACGAAGUGUGAAGAGUCAGUGGGAAGAUGGUGAUAGAAUGAUGAAGCACAAUCCAAGAGCCAGUCAGAUGGGUGUGAUGUAUUUUGUCCACAGAGGGGCGCUGUGACACAAAAUACCACAGAGGAUUCUGGGCACGAUCAAGUGUUCACCUGUGAUUCCCAAAUCUUGCACUUGCAGGUCAAGUCCCUACUUGGAAGAUGUGGAAGAUUUAAUCAGGAUCAACCAAAGCAUUCAGCCUACUGUACAUAAAACACAUAUAUAGCACACAUAUGCUAUUAUUUUGAAUGGUUUAUGUCUGAUAGAGGAUACUAAUGUUCCUUUUUACAAUGUCAGACAUCCAUUAUUCUGCCAUAUUCUUAAAGAUGAAUAUUCUUUUGACAUUAAGUGAUAACUCUCUGUGGAGCGUCGGUGCUUAUUAUUUGGGCAUGAAUUAUUUUCAAGCUGAAUCCAACAUGUCUUAAAAUCAUCAGUCGUCAAACUAACAGGCUUUGCAUCACUGCCAAUAACUGGGCAAGGAAGUGCAUCAAGUGAACUCCACGUCGACAUUGGGACACACCUGUCUACCAACUGGUGGCACGUGACAUCCGCUUAAAUGUUGAAGACUGCAAGUGUGAGCCCUGGGACAGACCCGCGGUCUCUUAUCUUCUCAUCUUGGGCCCCAAGACGAAUCAAAUCUGCCCAUUUUCAGGACCGAAUGACACAGAGACUUCGUCGUCCCAAACGCAGAUAGACGUUGUACCUCUGUUAUCUGUGUAAUUAACAGGCAGCAUCUCAUUGUUAAUGUGCAAAAUACACACACAUCUUUCGUGUCCAGGUGCAGUGUCUAAAAAACUGUAACUGCGUGUAAGUUGAAUCAUUGUAGAAUGCUUAUUGAAAAAUGUCCGUUUUAUAGAAGCAGUACAACAUUUUCCACUCACACUUCAUCAGGUUAUCGGGCUUUUUGAUAACGUUGUACUUUUCCUACUGUAAAAUAGAAAUUUUAAAAGUAUCAUUCUGCAGUUUUUGCAUGUCCUUGAAAAGGUGGAGAGCAUCUACUUAUAAACAUGAAAUAAAAUCAGACCAUUACUGGUGCAUUGUGUUAGCAAAAUGACUUAUUCUUUGUUGACAUUCUGCAAAUGCAGUUUAUACAGCACUGACUUUAAUGCUGUAAAUCUCUCUAUAUUUAUAUGUAAAUGCUGUAUGUACUGUAAAAAAAAAAAAAUGUCUGUAAAAAUGUAAAUAUAUUGUUUUCUACUGAAAUAUAUGUUGAGAAUGUAUAAAGGAUUACUU